GCAGGAGCUGGAAAGAGAGAGCAGAGAGAUGGAGUGGAACCACAAAGGGAGCCAAAUGAAGGAGGAAAUCAAGCUCUUAAAAGAGAAAGUCUCUGCUCUUCAGGUCAAUCCCCUUAGCCUGCAGGAGCUGGCUCAAAAGACUGAUAAGGUCAGAAUGAAAAAGGAGGAAGAGAAGGCCAAGAAGGCAGCAGAAAAGAGGCUGAAAAAGGAGAGGAAAGAGGAGGAGAAGCGAGAGAAUAAACAGAAGGAGGAACAUAGGAAGCAAGAGAAGGAAGAAUUGAAAAGACAGAAGAAGGAUAGAGAGGAGAUGGAGAAAAAAGUUUAA